AUGAACGGAAGGCUAUCGUCACCUCCUCCCCCUCCUCCAGAUGCUUCAGCACCACCUCCUCCUCCGCCGGAAUCAUCAGCACCUCCUCCACCCCCAGAAACAACAGCGCCUCCUCCUCCACCAAAUGGCUUUGCGCCACCUCCUCCCAGCGAUCUACCCCCUCCUCCUCCAACAGAAUUAUUACCACCGCCUCCCGAGGAGCCUUUGAAGAAGAAGAAGUCAGGAUGGGGCGCGCCACGCGAUCGAGGACCUCUCAGUAUCGAGGAUAUCUUGAAAAAGAAGAAAGAGGCAGAUGAAGCUGCUGCAAAGCCCAAGUUCUUGUCAAAAGCAGCCAGAGAGAAGUUAGCUUUGGAGAAGAGAGCGAAGGAGGUUGAAGAAGCAAAACGCAAAGCAGAAGCUGCAAGGGAGUCUGUUGUUCCCCACGCCAACGGUGAUUAUGAUGGAUAUCAAAAUGGACAGAAUGGACACAAAUAUCAGCAGAGAUCAAAUGGCGACCGAGGUGGCUCUUCGGUGCCAACUGGACCACGAGCUAUGCGCCACGGUGAUCCACCGUCUGGGCCGCAACAAGGACGAAAUGGGAAUCCCAAUCGACAAUCAGAUAAUCCACCGCCACCUAAACCUGUAGCAAGUACUGGAAAGGCUUCUUUGGCUGGGGAAAAGAGACCGGCGAACAGUGAUGAUACUCAAGCUUCUUUGAUACGGACUCGAUAUAUGGGUGCAGAGACUAAUCAAUCCACUUUUUCGGCAAAGAAAAAGCGACGCCGGACUACCGAGAAAAAGUUCAACUUUGAAUGGAAUGUUGAGGAGGAUACCAGUCCUGAUUACAAUCCUCUAUACUCUGCUCGAGCUGAGGCGAACUUUUAUGGAAGAGGUCGAUUAGGCGGAUUUGCCGAGGAUGCAGGGGAAAGCGGAGUGCUGAAAUAUGCGAAGGCACUUGAAGAACGUGACGGUGAAGCCGGAGCUGCUCGUGCGAAAGAGAUUAUAGAAAUGGAAAGGCGGAGGAAAGAAGAUCAGACGGGCCGUAAUUCGCUCGACAAGCAUUGGAGUGAAAAGAAAUUGGAGCACAUGCGAGAAAGAGAUUGGCGAAUCUUCAAGGAAGAUUUCAAUAUCAGUACCAAAGGUGGAGCCAUUCCCAAUCCAAUGCGAAGCUGGCAAGAAUCUGGACUGCCAAAGCGGCUAUUGGAUGUUGUUGCUCAGGUUGGAUAUGAUGAACCUUCAGCAGUACAGAGAGCGGCUAUUCCUAUUGCCUUACAAGCUAGAGAUCUGAUUGGUGUCGCUGUUACUGGGUCUGGUAAAACGGCUGCGUUUCUACUCCCAUUACUCGUUUAUAUUUCCGAGUUACCGCCUCUCAAUGAGUAUACGAAGAAUGACGGACCGUAUGCAAUCAUUCUAGCACCGACUCGUGAAUUGGCACAGCAGAUUGAGACUGAAGCAAAGAAGUUUGCUACACCACUCGGAUUUACUUGUGUUAGUAUUGUUGGAGGUCACUCUUUGGAGGAACAGUCAUACAAUCUGCGAAAUGGAGCUGAAAUCAUCAUCGCAACUCCUGGUCGUUUAGUGGAUUGUAUUGAAAGACGGGUGUUGGUCCUCGGUCAAUGCUGUUACAUCAUCAUGGAUGAAGCAGAUCGAAUGAUUGAUCUUGGUUUUGAAGAAUCUGUCAACAAGAUUCUGGAUGCCCUCCCAGUCAGCAACGAAAAGCCGGACACAGAUGACGCCGAAGACGCUCAAGCAAUGAGUAGACAUCUAGGUGGUAAAGACCGCUACAGACAAACAAUGAUGUACACAGCAACCAUGCCCAGCGCGGUCGAAAAAAUCGCCAAAAAAUACCUCCGUCGCCCAGCCAUCGUCACAAUCGGUAACGUUGGAGAAGCCGUCGAGACCGUCGAGCAACGCGCCGAGUUCGUCUCAGGCGAAGACAAGCGGAAGAAGCGUCUCAACGAGAUCCUUGCGUCCCGCGAAUUCGCACCUCCUAUCAUCGUCUUUGUCAACAUCAAGCGCAACUGCGAUGCUGUCGCCAGAGACAUCAAACACAUGGGCUUCUCAUCCGUCACCCUCCACGGUUCCAAAACGCAAGAACAGCGAGAAGCAGCACUCGCCUCGGUUCGCUCAGGCGGCACAGACGUGCUCGUCGCCACGGAUCUCGCGGGUCGUGGUAUCGAUGUCCCCGACGUGUCUCUGGUCGUCAAUUUCAACAUGAGCACGAAUAUCGAGAGUUACACACAUCGUAUCGGUCGUACGGGUCGUGCUGGGAAGAGCGGUGUGGCGAUUACGUUCCUGGGGAAUGAGGAUGCGGAUGUGUUGUAUGAUUUGAAACAGAUGUUUAUUAAGAGUAGUAUUAGUAAGGUUCCUGAGGAGCUGAGGAAACAUGAGGCGGCGCAGCAGAAGCCGACGAGGGGGGGUGGGCAGAAGAAGAUUGAGGAUAGCAGUGGGUUUGGGGGGAAGGGUGGGGGGUGGUAG